CUUCGAAUGAUACUCCUAGGAUCAGUGGCACAGAAGCGCGGACUAUUAAUAUUGAUAUAGGCAGUGGUCUCAGACGCGCCGCUUGAAUCGUCUUUCAAUCCCUUCGAACAGCACAACUUCAGCGUUUUGAUCACUUUGCAUCGACACGCUCCGCCAUGUCAGGUUCAACAUCAACACCACAGGAUCUUCCCAUAACACUCCUGCCGCUCACAUCGCAACAACGUGAUGAGCUCGAUCGAGACUUACUUGAGGCCAAUGGUUCCUUCCUGAAGAUGAUCAAUGAAGAUAAAGAGGCCGCCACAUCGGAUUUCUUGGACUCCAUGCUUGCCUCGAUCAUGGAACGAACUCUUUGGGCGGCCAGUAGAUUGCUCAAACGUGAACACCUGAAGGACAAUCUUGAUCUGGACAUGGCACGGGAGGCAACACUACACAGACACCCUCAACUGCGGGAAAUCAUCCGCCACGCCUGUCGGACGCGCUCGUUCUCUCACAUCGCUGACCUCACAAUAUUUCAAAUACCCCAAGCUACCGAUCCCGUGCAGUCGUCUCAAGUUGAGGACCGGUCAAACUUUCUUUACGAUUCAUUCGUCAGACCUUACGUUGGCAAGGCUGUGGACGGUUUCUACGAGUACCUGAAAAAUAACAACAUGGAGUUCAGGGGCCUGCAUGGGCCAUACUAUGCUAAGUUCUGUUCGAUCGUCCAAAGUUCUGGUACGGGAAAAUCAAGACUAAUGAUCGAGCUUCGGAACAAAGGUGUUAUUGUGUUGUACAUGAACCUUCGUGAUCGAAGUGAUCCGGGCUUCCCUAUGCGAGACCUAGUGCCCGCGCGUAUAUUGACGGAAGAUACGGACUGCACUGCAGCCGAGUAUACCGCCCGUUGUUGCGCGUUCUUUACGGCCAUAUUUCAGACGCUUCAGGAGGAUCUGAGCGGCAAAUUACCUCGGCUACGCUCCGGCAAUCCUGAUCCUGUAAUCAAAUCAUGGAAUGACCAAAUGUGCAAUAUGCGGUCGAACGCUCGUGACGAGUUCUUUCAGAAAGUCCAUUCUCGAUAUGAGGAGGAGACCGCCGCAAAGUUAGGGAGUAUGUCUCUCACAGGUAAUAAGAUCGUGGCGCCCAAAUUGGAAGGCGAAUCAUUCGUCACGACAUCUUAUAACAACAUGCUGAUGGUUCUACAACGUAUAUUGACUGAGAACAGGGAUCAGGUCUCGAAUCAUGAUCCCAAACUCGUGAUAGCAUUUGACGAGGCCCACCCUCUGAGCAACAUGAGUAAAAAGGGUUUUCGUCCAUCACAUAUCAUUGGCAGGACGAUCAACUGCUACUCCAAGAACAGCGAUGCAUCGGUCUGGGUCGUCUUUGCAUCCACGACCUCGCAAGUGGCAGAUUUUUCAGCGCCUCAGUCGAUCCAUGAUUCUCUGCGCGUAGCGGUAGCCGGCCAACUCCUCUAUCCGCCCUAUACACAUCUUGGUUGGGACCAGAAUGCGGAUCCUCUGUCUGGUACAUUGGCGAAUAAUGUUGCUAGCUUUGAUCACAUCGUUGGAUUCGGUCGUCCACUAUGGAAGUCACUUGUAGGGAAACGUACUAUCUCUGAAGUUUUGGAACUGGCUGCCCAGAAACUCUGCAAAUCGAUGACAUUUCACGCGAACGAUGCGAACCAGGCUCUUGCUAUCCUAUCCCAAAGAUUCGGUCUCGACAUUUGCUUGGGUCACCCCGAUGCUGUGUCUUAUCUCGAAAAGGCAGUAGCUAGUUACCUGCGCAUAUGCUUUUCGACGACCGAAGAUAGGAUGUGGUCCUUCACCGGUUAUCCAUCGGAGCCCAUUCUGUCUUGCGUUGCAGCAAUGAUAGUCCAUAGGACGCCUAGCGAUGUGGAUUUUGUUUUGGGGAUCUUGAAAAAAAAGAUUGAUGGUGGGAUGGUCGAGAUAGGACAGAGCGGGGAGUUGGCCAGCAGGCUUUUGCUGCUUCUCGCUAAGGAUCUUUUUAUCCGCAAGGACCCCCCCAAAGGCGUGAUCCGGGAUUUAUACUAUAACGAAAGUGGGGAUGCGGAACUGAUCGACUGCCGGAAGGUCUCCGUCGUCGAUUUCCUGGAGUACCUAUUUGGCGAGACAUUCUGGUCGAGGACAAUUGAGGAGGCCAAGGCCGCUUUUCAGCAUGCUUACAUCAAUUUCUCGCACUGGGUGUCUAUGACAGAGUUCAUCUCACCUCCAGUUCCCGAUCAAACUGACGCUGAUUCGUUGAGUGCUAGAUGCAGCGCAAAAGAGUGGACUUUGCGCCACUGGCAUCGCACAAGCGCGGUCCAAUGCUGUCAUUUGCAGCCGCUCGUCGACAAGAUGAUUCCCAUCUAUUUCGACGAUCCUGCCCUCGGCUCCGAUGAUCUCAAUCGCGUGUCACAGAUAUUUAUUUCCGACAAAGCGGGGAAGAAUCGCCAUGAGCAUGACUUAUGGUCGGUCACUCGCACGCAUGAUUCGAUCCAGUGUUUAUCGAAUCUACCCUACAUCGCUCUUCUCCUCGACCUCGAUGUGGAACCAAAGCUUAACGUUACAUUCUCGGAGAAUGAGCCAAAUCACGCUGAAACGGACCGAUGUCUGCGGAUCUACGCUUCUGGAAUAAGCGGAACCACAUUUCCAUUCUUAGGCCAACAUCCCGUUGUUGCGAGCCAGCUGCGUGGGCUUGUCUCUCGGCAGAAGGAAGCACCAUCCCAAACCACUCUCGAAGCCCUCGUCAAAUUCGGAAGUACUGCCAGGCUACGUAACUUGCAGUGGGAAUUACAAGAUGCAUGAUAAUUCAAUACAACUCGGAUCAUGACUGUACGAUUGUAGUAAAAUGAAAAGCGAUGUAGAGCAUGUUCCUAUGUAUGAUAGAUCAUGAUCGUAGCGCUGCUGCUCUGUUCGAUCUGUUUCCACCCUUUGUAACCUUGUAGUUUUACUAUGUUUCAAGGAACUUUGUCGGCCAUUGUUUUGAUUUCACAUUU